AUGGACACAUUUGAGGGAUUCGCAGCGUUGCUUGGGAGUUGGUUUGAGAUGCAUAGUCUUCCCAAACACCUGCAAGAGCAAUUAUACAAGAAGCUGCGAGACGAAGUCUUUGACGCUGGUGCUUUCUUCUCUCUGGCCGCUCUCGCCGAGGAGGAGGGGGAGGAGGAGGAAGAUGCUGAAGGAGAUGGCGAAGAAGCACCGCAGCCGAAGCCAGAAGAAGGCUCAACGUAUGUUUUGGUUUCGACAACAGACGUUGUGGCAAAGAAUGACAUUUGGCUCGUUGAUCAUUGCUGCACCUUCAAACUCCGCGAAUUUCGAAGCCACUUGGAGGAAAACGAAGCCCUUCGCGCUCGCUUGGGAGGCAUACUUGCGCUAAAACUUUCCCACACCAACGCAAAGGAGGAUGCACAAAAGAUUUUCGACCACAUGUGGAAGAAGGUUGGGUCGUAUCGGCUUCCUGGGUCAUCUGAUGAAGGAGACUCGCAGUACGACAGCACUUGGUACAUCCAUGACGAGGUUGGAAGUGCAAUAACAGUGGUGACGGACGUGCCCGGGAACAUGAAGUUGGAGACGUUACCCAUCUUGUUUCCAAAACGAGGUGGAGGUUAUUCCGUCAUUUGGUGUGUUGAGGACAUGGAGGCGGGAACGAUAGCCACACGAAAGGUGGAGACGGUGCUGGAGGCUGUCGGGGGGCAGGAGGUGGUGACACUCUUGUACGGGCCAGGGGAAGAGGGUGGUGAAGAGGAAGAGAAGAAGGCGUACUUGGAUGCCAAGUGUGCCUGUGUUGAGGCGUGGUGGAGAUUUGUGGGCAAGCUGGAGGCCGUCUCUCUGACCAGCGGCGCUGCCCCAGGUCAAUCUCACCCGACCCUGCCGGUGGUGGACAAGUCAGAGCUUCCACUGCGCGUAUUUACAGACAGUAAGCUGGUCUCAGAGUACCUCACCGAUGCCUCAGAGUUUCUCCUGGUUGACUUGCCGCAGGAGGCGCACGUGGUAUGGAUUUCCCAUGACCCUAUUGAAGACCUCGGUGCGUACCGACACGCCCAAUUUAUUUCCCAAUUUCCAGAAGAGCGCAUCUUUACAAGCAAACAGGGGCUGUUGCAUCUUGUUCAAGAGAAUUUUGGAUAUGCAGACUGGUACCAAGUAAGCUACGAUUCAACCUCGCAGCUCCGUGAAUUCAUUGGAGAUUUUAUGGUGCGGCAAGAGCGUUUGGAGGCUAACGCGGGAAAGGACAGUGCAGUGGUUGCAAACGAGCGAUUUCAGCAUUUGCGCCACAGCGAUGGCACUAAUCUCUGGAUAACCAAACCUGCGAACAUGGCACGAAGCAUCGACAUGACGGUGUCUCCCAAUCUUGAUGCGCUGCUGAAGGCAAUGGAGACGGGUCCAAAAACGGUAUGCAAGUACAUUGCAAACAGCGCGACGCUGCGGCAACGAAAAUUCGAUCUCCGCUUCAUUGUGGCCGUGCGGUCGUUUGUGGCGGAGCACACGCCUAUGGAGGCCUACGUCUACAAUGUGUUUUGGACUCGUUUUGCAUUGGAAGAUUACACUCUUGACGAGUUUGACCGGUAUGAAAAGCACUGGACGGUGAUGAACUAUGCCAACCCUGAAAAACUGCUGCAGCUGCACGACCGUGACUUCAUUCUGGAGUUCAACGAGGAGUGCGCUGCAAAAGGGUGUGGCCCUUCUGCGUGGGAACAGGUUGUCUACCCUAAGAUUUUGGCAAUGCUUCGCGACGCAUUUGGCAUGAUUAGAAUGAACGGUGCCAGUCAUGAUCGCUGCCGCGCCAUUUACGGCGUGGACGUCAUGCUGCGGGAGUCCCCGGCCGGCCCGCAAGGCGCCAAGACAUUUGAGCCCUCCUUGCUAGAAAUAACGUACAGCCCCGACUGCCAGCGAGCGUGCAAGUUUCACCCCGAAUUCUUCAACGACGUCUUCCGGACGCUUUUUCUCGGCAAGCCCACGGGCGUGACUCGGCUUUAA